GGCAGAGACUGGCUGUUGGCGCUGCACUCGCAUCGUCUGGCUUGCUUCAGCAUCGUUGCUGGCAUGAGAGGACGCCUCACGUUGGUGUGUGCGCGUUUGGCUGCUCGAUGCCAGCGGCUCGUAUAGACACUCAACUCUCCGCACGGCUCAGAAGCUGCCCAAACUCGUACUAGUACACAGCUAACAGUCCUCUUUUACCUCUCGUGUCUUAGGCAAACUCUGCCGCCGUAGCGUGUCGUUGACUCGUCCUUAGCUCGAGUUCAUUGUUCGUAGCAUCAUUUGACAAACAGCAGAUACAACAGGCCACUCGAGUUCGUACGUCUACGCAAUUUGAAAAAGUACGUUAGAGCAAAGGACGCGUGUGGUGUUGCGCACGCGCUCGCGGACUUUUUGAAUACUAGCAGAGCAUAAGCAAGUUGAUAAUAUCAAGAUGAUUCUUCUGCCGCCACAAAUGUACCGUGAGUUUCACCUAAGCAUCGUAAUUGCCAAAAAAAUGCGCAUGAACAUGAAGACACGCGUGCCUCGCAAUCUUUUUGGAUCUCCCGAAAGCAAAGACAGCGUGCAGCUACUGCAAGACACACUCGAUCAGGAGAGGGCACACUUCCAGAGGCGCUGGUCCAUCGAUCCACUCGCCGAAGACGAUGACAAAGAGAACGGACCACAAGGUUGCAACGCCAAAGGUAUGCUGAAUAAGCGUUGCAGUCCUUACACCAAGCAGAGAAGCAUGCACGAUUACUGGCGCUCGCGCAAGGCGUACGAGCUCGGAAAAAGCAGUACAGCUGCCGCCUGCCCAGACGCGCCGAGGCCAGCGCCGGAACAGUCGCCUCCGCGGAUGCAGUCGUCGCUGAGCUUGCCGCCGACGCGCGCCCAGCUUCCUCUGCAGGGGCAAGCCUUGGAGCCACGAGCUCCGUCGUCGACGCACGAGGCACAGCAGCCGCCCGCGCUGCUGCUGCUGGACAUGCAGCAGGCGGACAAACAGUUGGACAAUGUGCAACCGUCGGCGAAUUAGAUCCUUUUGUUCGAACUAGAAACUAAAUUCCAGUUAUCCUAUUUCCGACGGAGUGCGUGUCGGAAAUCAGUCGUCGCUACAUGUAUAUUUAUUGCUCGAUUAUAUUAUACAUAUCGUAUGUCACAUUACUGGUAGACUAUAUGUGCGUAUACCUAGGCUGUUCAUUGGCCAAACGCGCGAACGAUCGCGUUUCGCCCCAAGUCGAUCACUAUAAUUAAACAUGUGUAACCCUAGCGGAACCAAUCACCUUUUAAUAGCAUUAACGUCAACCAAAACUCAUAUAAUCCUUUGUAAAUAUGUUGCGUGGAUAAUGGAGGUUUAGGCCUACAGCCUCGUGGAAGGUCAACAAAAUCAGACUACGCAUUUUUUACUCGCUUUGUAUUCUCUCUUCCCAAAGAUCCGUCUGCUAAAUUUUGUUACAAUGUUCGCUGACUCUCAUACCGAAUGGUUCUUUGGAAAGAACGCGAAGCCCUUCGUUUGCAUUGGAUAAUUCAAUUGUGUUUGGUCUACGAUUCUUAAGAUAUGGUUAUAUAUUUAAAAACAAACAUUGUAUAGUUUUCUAUCUUACACCAAUAAUUAUGGCUUUCGGCUAGAUUUGCGUUUGAUAUUUAGUUCAUAUGAUUUCUUUUUUUAUUAUUAUUUUCAACUAUUGGUGUAUGACAGGGUGGGGCUCUAAUAAGUAAUAUUGUGCUGACCACUAGUGAGAGUUAAUACAUAAAGUAACGAUAUCACGUGAAACAUUGUAUCGUUUAGUUUUGUCAACUGAAUGAUUACUUGUCGAUUCAAUAAAAACUAAUGAUAUAAUGAUGUAUGAAAGGACAUGAGGGGAUUACGUUUGGUGAUGAAUGCAGACGUGCGGAGACUUCGAUUUCAGCAAGACGACAUCGUAAAGUCCUUUUACCGGAAUCGAUAGUCGAAGCGGAGCGUGCGAAACCUGUUUUUAUAAUUCUUUUAUCGAGGGAAAUAUACUUAACCGACCUUGUAUGAUGGUUUUUACAGGAAGCCUGAAAGUGUCGGUCCCAGUUUGGAGCGACGAAUGCAGCGCCUCCAAAGACUAAUUAAUGUUUAUUUUAUGUUAUCGAGUGCUUGCGUUCUAAAUCACUUGGAGCAAGUACAAAGUCCUGUGUCCAUCUUUAUUGCUACCUAUAGAGAAAGAAAACGCUCUAGUCAACGCUAGAUUAGG